AUGACCCCGACGGAAUCCCGGAAAAGCACCCGAGAGCAACUCUCCGAGGCUAAUUCUAAAAUCAGAGCCUUGGAAUCUUUGAUCGCAGCCCGCGAUAAUCUCCAGAGGCUUGGUCAUAGCGCCCCGGGCCAGGCUUUGCACCGAACCGGCAUUUCUCUGUCGCUCGGUGAUUCGUAUUUGUUGGACACGCAUCACAUUGAGACGGCUCUGGCCACAUUCCGCCAACACAUUGCCUACUGUGGUCCUGGAGUGCCUUAUUUUAGCUUACGGGCAUACUUCUAUUCUGCCGUCAGCGAACGCACGGGCUCGGAUCUGGACCUCGACUUCUUUUUACAUCAAGUGGCCGAAUCCUAUAAAUUACAUCACCCGGUAGAGGAACUGCGCGCCAUUCCUCAAAAAUGGCCAACACCUCAAUUGAUUCAGCAAUGCAUAGAUCAUUUCUCCAGAAGCGGGUUGUAUUCGGUGUUUCCUAUCGUCGAUACCGCCGUUCUAAGGGAGCUGCUCAACUCUGGUAUCAUGGAUGACCCAACAGACCCAACCCACACUGCUAAUCGCGCAUGCCUCGUUGCUUUUACCGCUCUCGUCACCGAGCUUCAUCGCCUUGAACCCGCUUUUGCCAACGCAGAUCCCGAUGCUUAUCUCCAAACAGCUCUGGGCCUUCUACCAAAACUGCUGAUGGAGACGCCGGACAUGAGAACUCUAGAGACUGUCGUCAUCAUAAUGGUUUACAUUCUGCCGAUCGGCCAAGCUCAAGCAGCCGGCAUGAUGCUUGCAAUUGCCGCCCGAAUCCUGUAUAGUCUUGGCGGCCACAGAACGAGGCAGCUGGACGAGUCGCAAGACCACCUUCCACACCGGAAGCAUCUACGCGCUCUCUUCUGGCUUUGCUAUACGUUGGACAAGGAAAUGUCCAUUCGAUACUGUGUUGCUCCUCUUAUAAAUGAUGCCGAUUGCGAUUUGGAGCUACCCGAGAACUACGUCAUGAGUUCUUCAGACCACCAAUUCCUUCAAAAACCUCUGUCGUCCGACGAGCUUCUUUACCCCUCUGACCUCCGACUCGCGAUGAUAAAGUCCAAAAUCUAUCGCCUUCUCUACCACGACCAUGGCUAUACAGUGGAUGAAGCGAGGCGUCUUCAGCAUAUUCGGGAGUUAGAUCAAGAACUAAGCGAACUAAAAUCGAGUUUCCCUAUUGGCUUCGAGCCCGACUCUUUGGCGACGGAGACAGAGCCGAACUAUGGGUUUCACGAUCUCAGUUUACGGGGAGUUAACCUGCACCUGGAAUAUUAUCUUUGCCUGGGCAAAAUCCACGAAGCAAGCAGUGCAUGCGGAACUCCAUCGCCCAAUAGCUGGUUCCCGCUCCCUUCCAGCGUGGAGAUAUGGUCUCAUGCUGCAAGAUCUACACUGUUGUAUGUUAGCCGGGCGCGCGAGUAUUUGAACUGGCACACCUUUUGGUGA